ACAUUCUAACUUAUCUACCAAAACGGCGCGAGAGCGAUGAAACGCAGCGAAGAAAAUUUGCGGGGAGUGUGGCCUCGUGACAUUUUCUGGCGCGGAUGGCUCUCUUGCUUAUUUUGGUGAUAAUAGCAGUAUGAUACUAGAUAUUACGUGAUUUUUUUUUUGUAUUAUCAAGCUGGUAAUGUUAAGUUGAAGUCGAUUCUGUCCCUUAAGUCCUCAUGGUGGCUGGAGAGAGAGUGGAGAUGCAGCCACCUCCUGUACCAAUGGACCAGCAAUUCAUUGAAGGAUGGGACAAAGCUCCAAACCUUCUGGGAGAGGGUGCAUUUGGAGAGGUUCACCUGCUGACCAACCGAACCACGGGCGAGGCGGUCGCCAUGAAGGUGAUCGACACUCGACUGCACGCCACUGUGUACGAACAGGCGCGUAAGGAGUUCACCAUUCACCGCCGGUUAGAGCACGAGAGCAUCAUCCGCGUGUACGGCGUGCGCAAGGAGCUGCCGCUCAUGUACCUGUUCCUCGAGUACGCGCCCGGCGGAGAGCUCUACGACAAAAUCGAGCCGGACGUGGGUCUGCCGCAGCUGGAGGCCCAGCGCUACUUCCGACAGAUCAUUGGAGGGGUGGAGUACCUCCACCGGCUGGGUAUCGCCCACCGCGACCUCAAGCCCGAAAAUAUCCUGCUUGAUAACCACGACAACAUCAAAAUAUCCGAUUUCGGCAUGGCCACCAUCUUCAGACUGAACGGAUCGGAGCGUAAGCUGGACAAGCGUUGCGGCACCCUGCCCUAUAUCGCGCCGGAGGUCCUGCGAGGUCCCUACCGCGCCGAGCCGGCCGACCUGUGGUCCUGCGGGGUCAUCCUGGUGGCGCUGCUAACGGGAGAGCUGCCGUGGGACGAGCCGACUCCGACGCAGCCCGAGUACCGCGGCUGGCGCGACGGCAAGAUCUGCACCGCGCCCUGGGUCAAGGUGGACAGCCUGGCGCUGGGACUGCUGCAGAAGCUGCUGCAGCACACGCCGGCGCGGCGCGCCACCGUGCAGACGGUCCGCGAGAGCGCCUGGUUCAAACGCCGACUCCGGCCCGACGGCGAGCGGUGGUCGCUGGACGGUCCGCCGGCCAAGCGGCUGUGUCCGGCGGCGGCCGACGGAUCGCCGCUGCACCCCUCGCUGCGGAUGGCGUGCUCCCAGCCGGCGCCGGCGCUACGCGGCGACACGCCGCCGGCGCGCGCCGGGGCGGCCGAUGACGUGCCGUCGUUCUCCCAGCCGGCGGCCGGCGCUGACGAGCUGCUGCUGGGCACGCAGUUCCAGAACACACAGCCCGGCACGGGAAGCAGCCAGACGCCGAUGCAGAGACUGGUGAAGCGGAUGACGCGCUUCUUCGUGACGACCAGCCAGCCAGAGACACUGGAGCGUCUGAAGGAGCUGUUCGACGGUUGUGGCUACACCUGGCGCUUCACCGGAUCGUGCUCGAUCACCGUCCAGACGUUGGACCGGCGAAAGAUGCCGCUGACGUUCAAGGCCAGCGUGCUGGACAUGACGGACCACGUGCUGGUCGACUUCCGGCUCUCCAAGGGCUGCGGUCUCGACUUCAAGCGGCACUUCAUCCGCAUCAAACAGAAGCUGCCGGACAUCCUACUGAACGUGCCCGUCAACUGGUCGGUGGCGGCUGCGACCAACAGCGUGCCCUGACCGCCGCAGACGUCCCCCUGUACAUACUGCGCCAUCAUCACCUUCAUCAUCCACUGUGUCAUCCUCAUCCCUCGGGUGGCAGGUCUGCCCGCAUCCGAUCUGAUCUGAGGACCAUCCGCCCGCCGGCGCGGCAGCAGCGGCGGCCAGUGUUUUUAUCGCGAGUGAAAUGCGGGAAAGGUGUGUGUUACUGAUGGACUGUCAUGGAAGUUUCGUUGGGUGCUUGUAUUGCCAUCGGGUGUUUGUAAUUUUCGUAUCGCGGGGAAUGAGAGCGGAGAGGAUUCUGCCGUUUGAGAUGCCGGGAAGAAUGCAUAGAAUGUUAAUGUCCGCGCGUGAUCGGAAUGAGGUGUCGCCUGCUCGUAGCAGAGCCCCUCCCCGCGCUACUGGCUAUCUGAGGAGUUGGUGCCUGGAGGCAGCUGUUAGAUGAACUCACUGCCAUCAUUCCUCUCGCCGCGCUGAACCUCCGCCGCGGAGUAUGUACUGUCUGUGUGCGCCGGGUCGGCUGCCCUCCUCUCGAGCUGUGAUCUGUACCGUACCGCGCCGGACCGCCGGUCCCGGCACCGCUGUGUCCUAGCUCAGGAGCAAUAUACUUCGCCAUGUUGAACAA